ACCGACCGCACCGAACCAGAACCACAAAAACAAAACAAAAAAAAAGAGAAUGAAGCAAUAUUAAAUACAUAGGAGACUUGGCAUGGUAUAAUUAUAUACGCAGCGACUGAAGACGAUAUAACAGAUGGGAUCAGAAAUCUGCAGCAGCGAGGUCACAGUCCAGCCACUGCUGGAGCAGCGAGGUCACAGUCCAGCCACUGCAGGAGCAGCGAGGUCACAGUCCAGCCACUGCAGGAGCAGCGAGGUCACAGUCCAGCCACUGCUGGAGGAGCGAGGUCACAGUCCAGCCACUGCUGGAGGAGCAGCGAGGUCACAGUCCAGCCACUGCUGGAGGAGCGAGGUCACAGUCCAGCCACUGCUGGAGGAGCGAGAUCAUAGUCCAGCCACUACUGGAGGAGCAGCGAGGUCACAGUCCAGCCACUGCUGGAGGAUCGAGGUCACAGUCCAGCCACUGCUGGAGGAGCGAGGUCACAGUCCAGCCACUGCAGGAGCAGCGAGGUCACAGUCCAGCCACUGCUGGAGGAGCGAGGUCACAGUCCAGCCACUGCUGGAGGAGCAGCGAGGUCACAGUCCAGCCACUGCAGGAGCAGCGAGGUCACAGACCAGCCACUGCAGGAGCAGCGAGGUCACAGUCCAGCCACUGCAGGAGUAGCGAGGUCACAGUCCAGCCACUGCAGGAGCAGCGAGGUCACAGUCCAGCCACUGCAGAGCCGGGGACGGCGGCGGGGAGUUCCUGCAGAGGGACUUCUCCGAAACCUAUGAGAAGUACCACGCCGAGAGCCUGCAGAACAAGAGCAAGCAGGAGCAUUAUAUACUAUCUCCCACUGAAAGAAAGCAGUAAAGUUCAUAUUUCAUUUUGUUUAUUUAC